AUGAAGAGUUUGAAGAAAUUCGUCAUUGGAGCUGGAGAAUGGUCUUGCCCCUUUCGAACUGAAGAAACUUGGAACAAGGAGAUGGAGCCGGUUACGUUGGGCAUGAGGAACGACCCACCAGAUUGGUAUUUCGGCCACAAUCGCCACAGAUUCAUUGCAAAUCCUGGACCAGAACACUACACCAGAGGCUUCAUCACGGCUUAUCAUUCACGCCGUGACAAAUCGCAGGCGGUGCCCAUGGGGAACUAUUUGCUGGGCGAGGGCUUGAGACAGAAGCGAAGAGCACAGAUGCAUUAUGCUUGGUAUAACGUUCGGGGGGUAUAUCACUGGUUUAUUGGCAAUCAUUAUGGAGACUACAGCGAGGAUCUCGGUUGGGCGCCUGAGGGGGAGACUAUCGAGUUGGACGAUGCUGCUUACGCAUUGCUUAUGGAGACUAUCCGAGCUAGACUAAGAUCUUAG